AGUUAAACCAUUGACCAGCCUCAUGUCUAGGAGAAAGCAGGCCAGACCUCGAUCUUGUAAACGAUCGGGGGAAGAGGAGGAUGACGUGGAAGGAGAGAUGGAACCAGUCCAUGAGGAUGAAAAUGUGGAGGAGGAACCAUUGGCCAAGAGAUUGUGUGUGUCAGACAGUAUUGAACAAGGUGACAAUGGUAUCAAAAUGAGCAACAAUGCUGAUGGAGAGGGUGUUGUCAAUGGUAACCGAUCAGAUUCGGGAGACACAGGAGAGUUCCAUUGUGACACGUGCGGGAGUCUGUUUGGAAACCUUGAGCAGUUUAUGGACCAUAGGAACUUUGAAUGUGUUCCAGAGUACGAGGGAGAGAAUCAUCCAUGGACAAUCGACAAUCUGGCUGUCAACAUGGGCCCACCAGAGUCCCCUCUGUCCUCCGAGUCAUUAGGGGACAGUCCACUCUCUGCCCUCGAUUGCCCUCUGUCACCAGCCUCAGAGAACAUGACCCCUGAGCAAGUCCCCUCAGGGGUUGGCGUGUCUGAUGUUAAUCCUUAUGGCUGUCAGUUCUGUGAGAAAGCCUUCCCAAAGCUCAGUUAUCUGAAAAUACAUGAACAGGUACACAGUGACCAGCUGCCAUUUAAGUGUGCAUUCUGCAGCCGUUUAUUCCGACACAAACGGAGCCGCGAUCGUCACGUGAAGCUACACACAGGAGACAAGAAAUAUAAGUGCUCUCAGUGUGACUCAGCAUUUGCGAGGAGUGAUCAUUUGAAGAGCCAUCUGAAAACCCACGAAAAUGGGAAACCAUUUCAAUGUACGAUCUGUAACCGUGGAUAUCAAACAGCAGCAGGCUUGACCUCUCAUGUAAUGAUCCAUAAGAAGAAUGCUGAGUCAAGCUCUGACUUGCAGUGUCAACAAUGUAAGGAUGUUUUUCCUUCCCUUGCCGAGCUUCACAAUCACAUGCUGAUACACCGUGAGGAGAUUGCCCCAGGCAAGUCCUCCGUCCACUGUCCCUACUGUGGGGACGUGUGUCCCAGUCAGGAUGCCCUCAAGCUUCAUGUGGAACAGAUGCACAUUGCUGACCAGCUCACCAACUGUCCUAUAUGUCAGAAGUCAUGCUUAAACACUGAUGACCUAGUCCAUCACAUGGCCACCCAUGACUUACUGACAGUUGAUCGUAUCCCUACUGAUGAACACAACCUCUCAGGCUCCACCACAGGGGCCACAGCCAGCCUCACCCACUCCUUAGGAGGGCAGCCCUUGGUUAGUGAGAUGCUGGUAUGUCCAUAUUGUUUUAGUAGUGAUUACGAUUCCCUAGAGAUCCUUGAGAUACACAUGCAAAGUGUACACUCUGUAAAGCCCACAGAAGUUUACACAUGCAACUAUUGUAAUGCUCCCUACCAGAACCUGUACAGCCUACAUGAACACAUGCGAGCAGUACACCAGAACCAGCCCUGCAUGGACAUCAAGUACCCCUGCACUCACUGCUCUCGUCAGUUUUCCAGCAUAGAGAACCUCCAACAGCACAAGAAGCUUAUCCACUACUACGAGCGUAGGGAGAGAAGUGAGUCUCGCGAUCCCCUUUAUUGCAUCAUGUGUUCCAUGGCAUUCCAGUCAGCAGGUGCCCUUCAGGAUCACAUGGCCAUGAUGCAUCACUCUUCACCAAAGUCAGAACCUAAGUAUUCCGACACCAAGUCUCACUCUAACACCAGCAACAAGCGCCGUUCCUCACUGGUGACUCCUGGUUCUGAAGGAGGAUACCACCACAAACGGGACAACGACAAGUCAUUCAAUAGACGAGGUAUCAACAUGCAUCUGAACUUCACCUCAGCUCCUGAGCCACAUAAAGACCAGAUGCCCACAUCAUCGCCUUACCAGGAUCAGGUAACUUGUGACCAUUGUAAUGCCACAUUCCAUGACAGGAAGAAUUUCCAGGCUCACAUCAAGCUCCACCUGGAAAGUAGUGCAGGUGGACCAUACUGCUGUAAACUAUGUAAGCAGCAGUUCUCUACUGAGGACCAACUGGAGAAGCAUAGCUCCACACACUACCUCAGUAUGACCACAGAGUAUGGCUGUACCAGCUGUGUCAAGUUCUUCUCCAAACCGGAUGAGCUCCAGAAACACCUGAUGGACAUACACGCUCAUCACCUGUACAGAUGCUCACUGUGUAAGGAAAUCUUCGACUCCAAAGUGAAUGUACAGGUGCACUUUGCCAUCAAGCAUAGUAACGAGUGUAAGUUAUACAAAUGCACGAAAUGUGAUUCAGUGUUCAGGUCUGAGAUGGAGUGGCAGGUUCAUGUCAGGGUGAACCAUCUGCAUGUUGCUAAACCAUACAGGUGUCUGUUCUGUAAAGAGAGUUUCUCAUCUGAAAUGGAUCUCCAGUGUCAUCUGACCACCCACAACAAACCCUUCAGGUGUCCUAUGUGUGAUGAGUCCUUCCAUGUUGAGUACCUCCUCGACAAACACAUGCAGUGUAUGCAUGGAAACCCCACAGACAAAGCAAUUCCUCCACCUCCACAAAUGUCCCCUGUAAAAAUCAAGGUAGAGCGAGAUGUUGAUACACCAAGCUACAACGACCGAACACCUCCCCACCCAAGCCCUAGGUACUCCCCAAAGAACCUUAAUGGACCAGGGAUCUGGAAGAGCUCGGAGCUGCUGCACACUUGUAACAUCUGUGAUAUGAAGUUUGAGCAGCAGGCAUUAUUACAAGCACACAAAGCUGUAGAUCACGGCCUCUCCGCUAAAAAGUCUAGUACAUCUAGCGCCUCCGUCAGUCCAGACCAAGUUACAAUCAUGAAACCCGAGUCAGAUCAUCACCCAGUCAGAAAGCCUGUGACUUCUGUUGUCUCUUCAGCAUCUUUGGCUCCUACGUCUUCCAUGGCUUCGCUGGCAUCCAUCACUUCUGCUGCCAUGACUUUACAGGAACGACUCCAGGCAGACACGUCAAUGCCUCCUGCUGUUAGUCAUUCCCCUGUCACCUCCAAAUCCAUGUCUUUGCCUGUUGUUGUCAUCAGUGAAAAGCUUAGUCUAGCCUGUAUGUACUGCAGUCAGACAUUCAAGAGUAGAGGUGAUCUGGACAAACACAUGAAGAUUCACCAGAACAAUGGCAGCCAGAAAUGUAACAUCUGUGACCAGGUGUUCCCUACAUCCAGUAUCCUAGCUGAACACAAACUCACCCAUUGCAAGAUUGUCCAGGGCAACAGUUGUGUACUUUGUAAGAUCCCCCUGAAAAACGAGGACCAGUUUUAUGUGCACACACAGGAGCAUGGCUUCCAAGGUACCUUCAUGCAGUGUCUCAUAUGCCGGCAGACACUUGCGUCCAUGGUGGAGCUGCAAAUGCAUGGUAAACAUCAUUUCCAGGUCAAGUCCAGCUUUUACACAUGUUGUGUCUGUCUCAAAACAUUCAACUCCAAAGAAAAUUUAGUGUCAAAGAUGAACAGCAGUGGUCGCACAUACUAUGUAUGUAAACCUUGUUACCAUGGAGAACAUUCAGAGUAUGUGUGUUCUGAAUGUGGAGCAAGUUUUCCCUCCAAUGGGGAGCUUGACACACAUAUUGGCACACAUAAAAAAAGUUACCAGUGUAUAAAAUGUCAGGAAUCAUUCAGUAGUGAGUAUGAAAUUCAGCUACAUGUAGCUACACACAUGAUGACUGAGGGAAAUGUCCAUGAUUGUAAACUCUGCUCACGAACAUUCGAGUCACCAGCCAAGUUACAGUGCCACCUAAUAGACCACACCUACAGGAACUCAGAAUUCAGGUGCAGUGUGUGUUGUAAGAUAUUUGCUAGCUCAAUGGAGAUUCAAAACCAUGCCAUAGAGCAUGGACCAGGUGCCCGACGCUAUGGAUGUAGCCAAUGCAGUCAGAAGUUCUUCUUUAGUGCAGAGCUGGAGAAUCACGCAUUCAUGCACACAGUUGGGGAAAAUUCUAUAUCCUUGACACCAGUCUCUUCUGAUCUGACUUGCACUGACUGUAACAAAACAUUUACUAGCAGUGUAAGUUUGAUCAACCAUAGGAAGAUCCAUGAACACAAUGAAAACAACUUUAAAUGUAAUGUAUGUGCUGAGGUAUUCCACAGUAUGGGGGCAUUACAGAGCCACUUCUGUCACUCGGAACUUGACAAACAAACCUACCGGUGCCCAGAGUGUGACAAAGAGUUGCCUUCAUUAAGUAGCUUACAGAGUCAUCUCCGGAUACAUAGACUAGGGAAGGAGAACCGUCAGAGCCACAUCCGUCCCUACCCUGGGGGAAAACCAUUCCUCUGUCCUGUGUGUGGCAAGUCAUUUGUCAGGAAGUGCCAAAUAAAAGAACACAUGAGGGUUCAUUUUGCACAGGAUUCCAGCCAGCUGGCAGACAUGCAGAGUUUCCUAGAUGUUGAUGUAAAUAGUGACAAUGCCAGCAUCACCAGUGAUGAUAACGGCGAUGAGCCCACUUCCAACAUGUCGUUUACGGCGCUAGAUGGUGGAAAAUCUGGGGAAGGCAGCAAUUCUCUCACCACCAAUGAUAUAAAUAAUCAUGUUGAAGGAGGGAGGCAAAAAGAACAAUCAAUGGUUUGUUGAAAUGUUAUCCAUAGAUUGGAGGGAGGUUAACAGAAUAGUCACUUGUAGUGUAAUCAUUGGUGGACCAUUGAUGAAGACCAGGUGUUAAAUUAAAGGGAGACAACAAUCAACUUCAUUGAAUAUGAACCAUUGGUUAGAGGGAAGUGAAAAGAAUGGUCAGUUGUAUGACAUGUGAAUGUUUAUGUUUAAUGAAAUGGAAGAAAGUGAACUAUAAUUGAAUACUAUGUGAAUUAUUGCUGAAAGGGGAGGUAAAGAGAACAGUAAUUUGUAUAGAAUGUGAAUUUUUGCUGAAAGGGGAGGUAAAGAGAACAGUUAUUUGUAUAGAAUGUGAAUAAUUGAUGAAAGGGAGGCAAAAGAUGAAUCAUUGCUGAAAGGGGAGGUAAAGAGAACAGUCAUAUGUAUAAAAUGUGAAUUGAUGAUGAAAGGGAGGUAAAAAGAACAUUUAUUUGUAAAGAAUGUGGAUAACAGAUAAAAUGUGAAUUAUUGAUGAAUAGAAGGUGAAUUGAAAUGUCAACUUGUGGAAAAAUACCUAUAAGAAGAGAGAAAGGGAUUUGUACCUGAGUAAGUUUUACUAGUCACCAGUCAACACGCUCUUGUUGAUGGUUUAAGUGUUCAGAACUUCUUAUUGUUAAUUGUUUAAGUAUUUUGAAUUUCAUUGGAGAGAUGUUAUACUGAAUUUCACCAGUCAUAGAUGUAGUUAGUAUUCCUGUAAGGAUUUUAGAUUUUUAGCCACACUUUACCAAUUCUAUCUGUAAUGAUGUUUCACUUUCAUCAAAUUAAAGUGUCCGUUUCAUUUGAAAUGGUUAGACUCAUUCAAGUGCUUAGUACAUCUUGUACUUUUAGACAUUCCAUCCUUAGGUGGCAAGGGUGACAUUUAUGUAGAAUAUUCUUACUGGUUCCUUUUUAACUGGCCUGCCUGAAAGGCAUGUGAGCUUAUUUCCUGGCACAGUGUCUGCAGUCUGUCUAUCCAUAUCGCAUCAAACUUUUUUGGCAUAAAUUACAAAUUCUCAAAACCAAAAUUAUAUUUAGCGAGCAGUAUGCCAAGAUUGAAGGCUUUUUAAUGUUUAAAUAAUGUCCUUGGCCUAUUUUCAAUGUUGAAGGGGUCAAAUGUUUUUUAAAAAAUAUCUUCAACAACUUUUAAUACAAUAUGUAAUGUAUUGUAAAGAUUAUGUAUUUACCUGGGGAUGACCAUGACGGUUACCAGAAUAACUCCGGUCAAUAAGAUCUUCUCUUUACGUUAUCGCAGAAUUCACAGGUAGAUUAAUUUAAAGUCAUGGAAAUUUUUAUGAGAGUUCUCACACACUGAUUUCAUUUGAUGUUUCAAUCCAAUGUCUUUUUGUAAAUUGUUUUCUGAUAGCCUCAUUGUUAUACCUACUGAAAAUGUACCUUGUGCUGACCCGGUUUCUAAUGCUCAUUGCAAAAUCCACUAGGUCUAUAUAUGACUUUUCUGAAGUUUUUAAUUCAUUACUUCUUCUUUCUCUAUUACUUUUAAUUCUGUCAUCAUAUAUACUCCUCCUGUGUACUCCUUUGUAUGGUUACUAUACCAGGUAGUUGAAUGUGGUUAUUUUUGAGUGGUUAACUACUGUUAACAUUUUCCAGAAUAAAGUUUAUAUGUCAUCAGCAACAUUUUUCCAUGAUAAAAUUAACUAUCAUAUACAACUGUACAACAUUAUUCCAGGGUAAAAUUGACUGUCAUCGACAACCUUUUUCCAGGGUAAAAUUGACUGUCAUCGACAACCAUUUUCCAGGGUAAAAUUGACUGUCAUCGACAACCUUUUUCCAGGGUAAAAUUGACUGUCAUCGACAGCCUUUUUCAAGGUAAAAUUGAUUGUCAUAUACAACUG